ACUCAUCUUCCUUCCCUGGAGAUAAUUAGGGUCCGUGGAUGUGAGGUACUACAUUUGCCGAUGGGGACGCUGCCGUGGCUUCAGAUGCUUGAAACUAAUUUUAAUGGCGGGACAGAGUGGUUGUUGGAAAUGGGGCACAACACUAAUCGUCUGCAACAUUUGACUCUUUCAUUUUGUUCCUCACGCUUGUCGUUCCCAACAAAUGGUCUGCCCACCACGCUGACGUCACUCCGAAUUCAAGGAUGCAGGAAAUUAGAAUUCCUAUCACGUGAGAUGAUGGCCAAAUUGACUUCCCUUCAGUCUUUGGUUCUAACGGAGAGCUGUGAUUCUCUGAGGUCGUUCCCUUUGGGCAUUUUCCCCAACCUUUCAUCUCUUACUAUAAUUCAUUGUGAGAAUCUGGAAUCCCUUUCCGUUGAAGGAGGAGCAGAUGAAAAUCUCAGCCAUCUCAACUCCCUGUUUAUUUUGUACUGUCCAAAUCUUGUCUCUUUUCCCGACGGGGGAUUGCCCACUCCCAACCUCACUUCCUUUGAAGUCUGUGGAAGCGUGAAUUUGAAGUUGUUGCCGGACCGAAUGCACACCCUCACCGCCCUUCAAGAAUUAACGAUAGAAAGUCUUCCAAAUGUGGUGUCAUUUGCACAAGGGGGUUUGCCUCCCAACCUACAAUCAUUAUCUAUCUGUGACUGUGAGAGACUGAGGCCUUCAGUGGAAUGGGGAUUGCAAGGGCUUGUCUCUCUUCGACAAUUUUGGAUCGAAGCAAGCAAGGAUCUGCUGGAGACGUUGCUCAAUGAACAGCUGCUCCCUGCCACUCUUCACACUCUCUGGAUCUCUUGGGUAUGGGAUCUGAAAUCUUUGAACGGAAAGGGACUUGAGCACCUCACUUCUCUUCAACACCUAGACAUUGCAUGGUGCGAGAGUCUCAAAUUCCUGCCAAAAGAGGGUUUUCCGGCAUCUCUUUCUUGUCUGAGGAUCUGGAAUUGUCCUUCUCUGAAGAAGAGGUAUCUGAAGAAGAGGUAUGAGAAGGUAGCUGGCAUUCCUUGCAUGGUGAUAGAUGGAGAAGUCAACAUCUUGUGAGCUUUCAUUUCACUCUCUCCAACUCUCAACUCUCAACUCUCAAGACAAAAGCCAGGAGAGUGCGAGGGGAGUGAAUUAUUUCUAGUCUGAUACUGUGGAACUACUUGGGGGUCGAUAUAUAUGAUUCUCCUGCAUGACAAGAGGUAUAUCGGAUUAUCAAAUGGUGCUCUGAUUUUCUGGACUGUCAAGUUUGAAAUCUAUUGCAUGGAAAUGGACUUACAACACCUCCCACUCUCGCAAUUCCUGACGGGACAGGGACCUCUAGACCUCAGCACUCGUCAACAGCUAUAUAAAGAUUGAAUGUAUCUGGGACUUCGUCGGUCCAGAGAGAAAACUAUUGAACUGCAAAGAUAGGAUUAUCGGCGGGAAAAUGAUGUUGGCUUACACCAAACACUCAGGUGCAUAUGUAUAUGUUUCUCUGCAAACACAAUGGUUGGAGAGAGCAUGGCUUAUUGGCACCGCUUGCUAGAAUGCCAGUGUACUAGACUUGGUGGCUGGCUGCUGCGUCUACAGAUUUCAGUAUGGCAACUCUGGGAUUGUAACGAUAGGAUUAUCUAUAGCCAACGAUUUAAAACAUGUAUCAAUUAGUUGUCUUUGAAUGGUGCUAGCUCCAGCUAUCUGGCAUGAAUAUAAUUCUCCUUUAAUCAGAGAGGCUGAGAAUGUGGAUCACUUCAGAACUCUAGGAGAAUGGGCGUUUUAGGGCGGGAUCUAUCAUCUUCAAAUGGGUGCAGAUAUGCUUUUGCACGGACAAAGUGGUUGAACAGCUCGCUUGAUCCUUGUAGCACUAUUCUCAUGCUUGCGUUUGUUGGUAUUCCAGUAAAUAAUAUUACUAGAAUAGUGGUUGGCUGGUGUGCUACUGAUUUCACAAGAAUGAUAAUUCUUACGUUGAGCACUGCAGAUGAGCUUAUCUUGUUAAGCUUAGGUAUGAAAAAGGGAAGCAGUUGAGUUGGCAUCCUAUUGAAAUGGAUAUGAGAGAAAAUGUGCUUUUUGCUGUUCGAUUCAGAAUUAAACGGUAUAAAACGUGUGAAGGUAAAGCUCUGCGUUCUUUUCCUACAUUUUCAUCAAAACUCUGCAUCCACAUAAUCUCCCUAUAGAAAAAUAUAUUCCACAUAAGUCAAAGAAUAAUAUAUACCACAUACUUUAAAUGAAAUUGUGCCUAUUGUUGCCGCUUAUGAACAUCUUAUCUCCUGGAAGUGAUCCAAGGGAACUGAGAGGUUAUAGCAUUCUUCUCACCAUUGUGGAUUUCAUGAGCAAUCAAGAGUAUUCAAAGUUGCUUCUGGACUCAGAGGUUCACUCACUAUAUAUGUAGGUGAUCUUUUGAUUCGUUAACAUAUCUGGCAUUCGUUGCAUAAAGAUAGAUGAUGAAGUCACCAUCCUAUGAGCUUUCACUUCACCUCUUCAACUCUCAACUCUCAAGAUGAAGCCAGUAGAAUGCGAGGAGACUGACUUCUUUGUAGGCUGAUACUGUGGAACUACUUGGGGUGGAUGUACAUGAUUCUCGUGCAUGAGAAGAGGGUUUUUCAUACUUCUCUCAUUUGCGCACAACAGUUGAAUAGUGCCUCAUGGCAGUGCUUUGCUUGAAUGCCAGUAAGUAUGUUGCGUCACUAGAUAAAGAGGCUGGUUGUUGUGCUAUGGAUUUCACCGGUUGAACAUUGCAGAUCAGAUGUAAAUUCCUAAACCUGUAAAGAUCGGAUUAUCAAAUGGAGCUCUACUGGACUAUCAAGUUUGAAAUUUUGGAUGGAAAUGAACGUUCAAAACCUCCUGGACUCUCAACUCUAUUAAGAGAGCACAGCUUAUUGGCACUGCAUGCUAGAAUGCCAGUAGUACUAGACUCGGUGGCUGGCUGCUGCGCCUACAGAUUUCAGUGUACUUUCACUCCGGUUUCUAUGCUGCUUUUGGACAUGCUUGAGAUGAAAGAGUUGAACAGACCCACCAAUGGUGGUGUUGGCAAAGCUAUUGAUUUGCGCACUGUUCUGAAGAUCGAGGCUAAUUGUCAGUUUACAAAUGAAAGGCGUAUGUCAAUUUCUUUUCUCCCAAAUGAUCCUGCAGCUGCGUAUUUGCUUGAGGAUGAGAAAAAGUCAGGGGCAUGCCCUCUGUCGAAGUACGUUGCAACUCUACAUGAAGUAGCACAACAAAGAAAUGCUUCGUUGUCGGAAUCCAGUGUUCUAGUGGGCGAGCAUUCAUCUGUCUUUGGAAGUAAAGGACGAGAAAGCGACGAAGAAGAUGACACCAAGGACGACGAAGGCAUUGCUGCCUUUAGGUCGCCCUGGUUACCAGGAAAGGAUUCCAAAGCUGAACCACCCAAAGAUGUGAAAAAGAAGAAAAGGAAGCGAAAGACUGAGUGCCAGGACCAAGUAGCCAUGGAUGAAGAUAUUGUUCAGGAGUUGGUACUCAGUUCUGAUGAAGAAGACAGGUCUUUAGCGACACCUCUUCGGCUGAUGAAGAUGGAGUGGAGAAACCAGCUCCUUCGAAGCUGGAAAGCAAGAAGCCGAAACGCUCUACAAGUAUAUAAAAAAAGAAUGCAAAACCUCAAGCAAAAGGUCAAGGAAGAGAAAGACGGCUAACCGAAGAGACCCAAGUUUCUCGUGCGCCCGUCCGAUAGUCUCCAUUGUUUUGUUGUACGUACUUGGAAGUUAUGCAUGAAGUUCCUGUUUGAUCAAUGUGAAGAGAUUAAUUUGAAUUUUUUUUCCCUCUUAUAAAAGUAUAAUUUCAAGAAA